UUUGUAUCAGUACAUAUAUAUAUGUGUGUGUGUAGAUAGAUACGCUUAUUUUACAUGCACUCUUCCAGAUAUUUUUGCUCUUGAAAACGCGUCACACGAGACGCGUUACGAGAAUACUGCGGACACAUUGUGAACGUAAAGCUAUCAGCUCAUGUACACUUUCUACGUAUACAUACAGGGUGUCCGAUAACAAACUCGUUCGUCGACGCAACAAUGCCACGUUCCCCGCCGAGUCAGAUUAAUUAGUCCGCUCAAUCGAAGCGCGACUUGACAAUCACUGGAUAUUUCCGGCCUCUCAUCGAGGAGGAAGUCCCUUCAGUUCCCGACGAAGGUGGUAGCUUCCCCCCCCGUCGUCUACGCAGCCGCACACCCUGUAUACACACACGCACGCACCUGCCGCACGUGUCAACGCGAGAGACAUAUUCCUUCCACAUUCACUCCUUCCAACUCCUCCUGACGUUUGUAACGCGUCACGAGGACGCGCAAGGAUACUACCAGGCGUGUGUAUGUCUCGCCGAGACAGAGAGGAAGGAAGAGAGAGAGAGGGAGGGAGAAAUGCCGCGCGCGCGACGGCUAUUAUAAAUUCACUAUAGCCGUCAAACCACACAUGUUUUCCAGCACACCCACACACCCGCUAUCUCUCUCUCUCUCUCUCUCUCGGUCUAUCUAUCCGUCUUUUCCGCUCUCCCCUCCCUCUUACGCUCGUAAUGCGUCACGGCGACGCCCGCGUCGCGUCGCGUCGCGUCGCCUCGCGCGUGCUCCCUUCAACCCCGGAGCCGCAGCUAUUGUCGGAGGGUCGGUCGGUCGGUCGGCUCGAUUCCUUCGGAACGCGCGUCCAUCGCGCGCGUAACACACCCUUUCGUCGCGCGAAUACCGAGCGAAAAGGAGCGCGAGCGAGCGAGAGAGAUAGAAGAGGAGGAACCAGAAGACGCGCACGCGAGGGAGGAUCGGCAACGCGAGGCGAUGUGAGAGAGAGGAAGAAUCCGCUCCCCGGUCGGCGCGAUGAGACACCAGCAUCCGCGCGACGCUGACUCCGCGCGACCCGCAACACCAGCCGACGUCGUCGUCGCCGCCGCCACCACUACCGCAGUCGCAGCUGUCGCCGCCGUCGUCGCCGCCGCCGUCGUCGUCGUCGUCGUCGCUACCACCGCCGCUUCUCCGUUGCUGCACCCUCUCGCCGCCACGGUCGCGUGUCACACCGCGAGCAUGAAGAUUCCGCCUCUCUCAUGACCCAGCAUCGUGAGCGCACAUGUGGACGAGGAUAAAUCACCUUAGCGAGAGGGAUGUCUGAGAGCGACGGAGAGCAUGCAGCUCGCUCGGUGGCCUUAGAGCAAGCCUACGUUCACGAAGUAUACGAGCAAUGCGCCGAGAAGACCACGCAAAGUAAACAUUGGCCACGAGUUUAUCAGUUCCUGCAAGAGCUCGAGCCGGGUGCCCUCGUCUGCGACAUCGGUUGCGGCAACGGAAAAUAUCUCAGCGUGAAUCACAGCAUCUUCAAGGUAGGGGUGGACCGAUGCAAGCGUUUCACGGACAUCGCGCGCGAGAAGGAAAACGAGGUCCUGAUAUGCGAUAACUUGGCACUACCGUUCCGAGAAGAGAGCUUCGAUGCGGUGCUGUCGAUCGCCGUGGUGCACCAUUUCGCCACGACGGAGAGGAGGGUACACGCGUUGAAGGAGCUGGCGCGAGUCCUCAGGAUCGGAGGUCGACUCGUCAUAUCGGUCUGGGCAAUGGAACAGAAGCAUAGGAAGUUUGAAUCGCAAGACGUUUUAGUACCAUGGCCCAAGUCAUACUGCAUGAGCGCAGCAUCGGACGGAACAAGGCACUCGAGCGCAUCGAACAGUAACGAGAAGCGAGAUGACGACGCCGCUCAGAAAUAUCCAUCAUCCUCCAAAAGAAAUAGCCAACGAAAAUGUAAAAGCAAGAGUUAUUGGAUCGAUCCGAUAUUCAGCCUGUCACCAUCCACCAGCAGUCUCUCCAGCCCGAACGAGACCUGUUACAGCUGCUUCCGGCGGGCGUUGCAGAAAUUAGCGAGAAGCAGACGCGGAGGCGGCGGCCGCGCAUGGUUCCCCGGAAGCUGGCAGAGCGGCGCCAAGAGCCGGCGGCAUUACGAUCCCGAGGACGUGACCGACGUGGACGAGCUACCGAUCGAGCUGCGUCGCGUGGAGACCACCCACACGCUGAUGGCCAACAAGCACACCGACACCUUGAGCAUCAAGUCCAAGAGCCUGGGCGACAUACUGGAGAUCGAACGGCUGGACCUGGUGCGUUCCCGGUCGAGCAUCCCGGGCUUCUGCUCCACCUCCGAGCUGAUCCUGGACGAACGGUCCGUCUCGUCGUCCUCGAGCGGCUCGAAGCCGCGGCUGGUGAAGCAGAAAUCGUGCGUGGAGGAGACCGGUUUGGAAAAUCCUGAAGACACUGCCAUUGAACACCUGAUCAAGGACCUUCCAGACUUUCCUUGCCAGCAGACGCGCGGCUGCAAGCGCAACGUGCUGAAGCAGAGCUCGAUGAACGAGGAGCUGAUGUCGGCGGAACGGCUGGAGGAGAAGGAGCGGGUGCGCCGGAACAUCAUGAAGCAGGCGUCCUUGAACGAGGAGCUCAUCUGCAAGUGGCGCACGUUCGAGGCGUUCAAGGACACCAUCAGCCCGGUGAACGCCAGCCGACGCUUCCAGCUGCUGAAGAACGGACUCACCAGCAAGAUCAAGCGGUCCACCACGAACAUCGAGAAGGUCUCCAGCAUGUCGAUCAAGAACGGCUUCGUGCGGAUGCUGCAGGGCUGGAAGUCCGGCGAGAACGAGACGGAAGCGGCGCAGCCGAAGCCGGCGGACAAGGCGCAAGCGCCUACCGUGACCGUGGUGAAGCGCAGCAUCGAAGGCGUCGAACGUCGCCUCUCACGGGAGGACGGCUCGGAUUCUUCCAAGGACAGCAGCCUGCAGAGCGACACCAGCGUCGACUCCGAGGACAGCUUCGCGUCGGUGAUCUUCGUGCCGAAGCAGGACGCCCCCGCGUCUUCGGUCGAGGUGCCGCCUUCGCCGCGACCGGCAGCCUUACAACUCGGCACGACGUCCGCGCCGCCGUCACCGCGCGUCAAGCAACCUCCGGACAGCCAGUCCUCCAGGUUCAAGCUGAUCAGUGUGUCACCAUUGUUGAAGCAGCAACAGCAACAACCCGUCUCUACUAGUACAGCCCGCCUCGGCGACGCGGUAAAGCACGUAAAUGACAAAGCGUCCGUCGGCAACUCGCAGACGUCGACGGGCUCGCGCGGGCUCCAUCUGAUAGCGGAGCCGACGGAGGAGCCGGACACCGCGCCGUUGAUUCGUGCCUUCAACGACGUCAGCAAGGUGAUGGGACGCGAGCCGAUCAGCGAGGACGAGAACCGGAAGGCCCGGCUGAACCAGAUCAAAGAGCUGCUCACCCAGAAGCCGGGCUUCGCGACGCGCGCCAGACCCUCCUUUCCGCUCGUCAGGCGCGCCUCCACCGCAGCCUCGGGCCGCCUAGAGACCGUAACGAGGAUCUUGCCGCGGCUGUUGUCGCUGGAGCUGUUCAACCCGGAGACCGACGACCUGGACAGCGACUCGAGCGGCGUCUCGUCGCCGGAGUCCGUCGGCUCGGUGAUCAGCGUCACGUCGGACGAGAGGUAUAUCGCGAGGAGAGAGGCCGAGAGGAACAACGCGCAGGCGGACAAGGAGAGCGGCAGUGUGCGCGACGACGAGUCGCCGGCGACGCUCGCCGACUCCUCGAAGACGCCACCGAAUCCUUCGUACGAGACCUCGUCGGCGAUCCCGGAGGACGAGGCGGCGUGCGACACAUCGUCGACGGCUUCGAGGUUCAGCGGCACGGAGGAGGAGGACGACGCCGCGUCGUCAGUCGCCGAGGUGGAGGUACGCGACGCGUUCCGUUCUUCGGCGUCGCCUGUUCUUCCGGAAGGCGGCGGCAGGUCCAUCUCUUCGCAGUCGAUGAGGCUCUUGGAAGCCGCCGCCAACGUAGCGAGCUCGCUGGAGGACGCCGUGGGGACGGCGAUGCAGCACAACACGCAGAUCGAGUCGCAGCUGCUGCAGGUGGCGCAACGGCGCGACAAAGACGGCGAGUUUUGGUCGAGCGUGCGAACGCGAGCCUAUCUGAAGCAGGAUCGCAAGUCGGCCUCGGUGGACCUGGGCGGCUUCACUGAGGAGGCCAGCAGCGAGCUCAUGCGGGACAUCAGCCGGUACUGCCAAAACUCGUCGUUUGACUUCCUCAACGUCUGCCAGACCUCGAGGACCGCGUCGUCGUCGGCGCUCGACGUCGAGGACAAUAACCUGACGUGCUGGGAGGAGUGCAACGGAUUGCCCAAAGAGACCAGGUGGAUCGUCAACGAGGCGUACGAGAAGAGCGGCCGCGCGGCGCAGCAGCCGGAGCUGAAGUCGUUCAGGCCUGAAAGCAAAGUCGAUGAUAGUUUCCGGCGUAAACCCGGCUCCCAUCGCGACCAACAGUCCGAGCCCGAGCUCGGCAACGAGUCCAAGUACGAGGUGAAGCUCGAGGCCGAGCUCGGCUCCAAGUACGACGAGAUGUUCAACUCGGAGGACAAGCCAAAGCCCGACCACCUCGCAUCCAGACUCAAUCCCAACAGCGGUGUCACGGGCGAGCAGCGCAAGCUCGAUCCUCGCGGAGCGGAAGCUAAGCCCGUCUCGCCGUUGUUGCGCAGCAACUCGGACGACGUGCUGGACUUCGUGAUGGUGUCGAAGACGGGCGAGUUUCAGUACGUCGACGCGGGCAAGUGGCGCUCCCAAGGUGGCCUGUCGAUGGAUUCCAGCGAGGUGGGAGACUCGAUGGAGAACACGACGACGAGCCUGAGCGACGGCAGCCAGGCGGAGUCGACGGCCAGAUUGUUCACCGGCAGCACGGUGUCACUGGUGUCGAACGUGGAGAACGCGCCGAGGGGUUGCGCCGCGACGGAGGCGCGACGCAGGCUGCAAGAACGCGGCCGCUCGUUGGACGAGAUCUCGAGCGAGACGAAGAGGAGCACAGCCGCCGCGGCGGACUGCUUGGUCACGACCACCGACACCCUGAGCAACGCCUCGUCCCAGGAGUCCUUGCCGUCCGACCGCGGCGGCGGAGCCAUCACCUACCACCAAUACUACCACGUCUUUCGGGAGGGCGAGCUCGACCAGCUGAUCAACAAGUACGUCGAGAACCUGCAUAUCAUCUCGUCGUACUACGACCACGCCAGCUGGUGCGUCGUCGCGGAGAAAGUGCAGGUUUGGACUAUAUGACUUCGGAUCGAGUGCAGGACGAGCCGCGUAAAAAUCAGGCGAUAUUAAGCCAGCUCGCCGUCUCGCCGCGGUUGUACCGGGGGUGUCUCGACAGGAGUUGUCGGCGAAGGGAUCAAUUAGGUUCAACUUUGUUGAAGUGAAAAAUUUGCAUUCCGCUUAUUGUUACUUUCGUCCCGAGGGAGGUAUAUAUAUGAUAGGGCCCUGGAUCCACCGAGAUCGCCGAAUCUGACGUAGCAGAGCGGCCGGUGCGUGAAACUAAGCAACUAAACACUACGUAUAAUUCCAGGAUUUUAAGCUUUCAUAGAUCACCGUAUUUAGGUUUUGGAAUUGCGGAAGGCGGUUGGUAAUCACACACUCUUACUUUCAUGAUCAAAGUACUGAUCCCCCUUUUUGGGACACACCGUACACUCUGGUAGAUGAGCUAAGUGAUGCGCGAAGAAAUGGGUCGCUUCGAGUUUUACGACUCUAAAUCCGUGGAUCCGAAACAGAGAGAAAGCGAGGGUUAUCGGAAAUCGGGGGUCCAAGAAUCCAAGGAUUUAAAGGCUCAAGGAUUUCGUACAAUCCGAGUAUGUGCAAGAUCUAAAAUAAUUCACGAGUUGACUUUCCAACGAUCCGUUCUCGAAUUCUGCGACGAUCUAUAAUCGCUAUUGAAAUAUCGCUUUGCGCUCGUUGAGAGAGAGAGAGAGAGAGAGAGAGAGAGAGAGAGAGAGAAAAGAACAUUCCUUUCUUGCGUUUGCCACAUCAUGAGAUGAAGACUUCUUCGCCCAUAACGCCACUGAAGUGAUGAUCCAGAGAUACGAUUUCGGCACGGAACGAAAGGACGAAUCGCGCGAACGAGCGAUAAUUGAACUUAAUAUAUCGUGACAUAUCCAACAAUAAAUUAGGGAACAGUUUAGUAGUAAAUUGAUAAAACUUUUUCAUUAAUUAAUUCUUAUUAAUCACGGCAACGAUCCCUUGAUUUUACGAACUCGUCUCUUCCAGCUCUAUCCUCACUUCAGUGAUACUUAGGGCUGUUCAUUUCGCUUUUAAAUCGGACAUCUCGGAACAACGAUUGCGGGAAGCACGAUGCUUCGAGAGCGCAGCGACAAGAAAGGCAGACGGGAAACGGAAGAAAAAGUCGCUCGGAACGUGCGUCCUCUCGAAGGAUGAUGCGAUCUGGACGUACGUGCGUUAAAGACGUAAAACUUCAGAGACAGCAACUGGCUCCAGCUUUGGGGCGUAUUUUUUAGCUUCUCGAGGAACUGACAAUAUCCGAACGUGCUUGAACGUAGAUAUACCUCGAUAAUGCGAACAUUCCAUUUCCAGAAUGUAUACAUGCAUACGCGUUCACACAACCGCCGGCACACAAACACAUAGAUACUACAUAACACACACGUACAUACAACACAUAUAUUAGGAUGUCUCUUAUCUAUAAUAACUUUCGCUCAGUAAUUAUUCGAUAUUCGAUUGUCAUUGCCUGGAAGGUCGUAUCGGUAUUACGCAUAAUUAUUAUGCGUAAUAUUAACUUAAUAUGAUAUUAACUUAAUUGGAUUCGCGUGCUCGGAAAAUUAUUGGCGCAUAAAAUUGGCGAUAAAUGAGGACAGUCGAAACGCGUUCUCGACGCGUCCGGCGAAAUCGUAGAUGCGAGAAAGCGAAAAUUGUAGCAGAAGAUAUUUUAUAUUUCUAAACGACUAGUGUGUUAAUACGGAAAAAUCGAAUAAGGUAUAUACAAUACGUAAAUGAAGACAAAUAUAGAGAAAAUACAAUUAUAUAUCUGACCAUUGAUACGUAAAGGACAUCCUAACGUACACAUACACGCACACACGUACACAUACGAGCAGACCCACGUACACGCAAACAUGAUACAUAUAUAUUAGGAUAUAAGGAUUCAAGAAUCCCAUGAUCUGAAGGUUGAAUGCUUAUAUCCUUGGAUUCUUUGCCCUAAGAUCUUUAAUUCCUCAAAUCCUUCGAGUUGUCACGUUGCAGAAAACCUGGAUUAUCCGCUGCUUUCGAGUGUUCACGUCUUUUGAAAAUUUUCAUUUUUCCCGCAGCAGUACUUGAUUCUCUUCAAAUCUCCGGGCAUACAUUUAGUCCUUCCGCCACUUCUCUUUUUAGAUAUACGAGAUUCCUUUAAUCCCGAAAGAAACACCGAAUCCUAGGGAGCGUUGUUCUCUCCGAAUCUACAAAUUCGUACAAUAAAGAAUUCAGUGACUGAGGAUCCAAGGAUCCAAGCAUCCGUUUACAAUACGUAUACUCACACCUCAUAUAGAAAAGAAAAAAAAGAGGACAUAAGUGUAAUCUAAGCUUCGUUAUUUUUAUGAUCUCAAUUAAUUGUUCGCGAUCGUAGUUGGACGAAGUUUUUAUCGCCACCCUUUAACCGGUAAAUCGGAUGCGAUUCUUCAGAGCCAAGAAUCACGGAUAUAUUUAGCGAGAUUAACAACAGAACGACAAAAAAUUGAUCGAUCGGUGAUCAUGAUAGUACUAUAGGGUAUCCUCAAAGCGCAGCGCAAGCAUUCGAAAGAAUUCAGAGACAUCCUGCACAUGAAAAGCAGCAAUAGGUAGAUCCGAUCGUCUCUAAAUCAAAGUCAAGAUCACACAGAAACGUCUACGAUGACGGACGAAUCGUUAUAAAUUAAGGAUUCCGGCAGGACGAGUGCUGCUCGUUCUUUCUGGCCAUCGGCGCACAAUGCGUGAUACAACACCAGGGGGGAAAAACAAAGAAUACAAAAUGGGACUACUGGUUAAAGGGUAAUUCGGUCGGUCGAUCAAGAGGAACAAACUAUUGUUACGUUUCCGGAAAAUUGUUGAGUUGAUAAAUGAUGUGUUUAAUAGGUAGUCGACGAUAUUCUUUUCAAAUUUAUGAAACUUUCAUUCGUAUAUCCGAUUCCGAGGAGGAAAUACGUGCGAAGAAAAGCGUGUAUGCGUGCAUGUGUGCGUGAUGCGUGACAGGUAGAGAGAGCGAGAGAGAGCGAAAGAAAGAUAGACCAACGCGAACGAUGCGAUCACGAAAAACAGGUGUAAAUAUGUAAAAUAAAGUGUUCCUGACGUAAACGCACAGAAAAAUCGUCAGAAGAUAGUUGACAAGCGGCAA